AUAAUCGACCCACAAAAACCAUAAAAUCUUGAACAUUGGAUUUCAGUCAUUGGUUGUGUCACUUUGGAUUAAAAUGGGUAACCCAACAAGAGUGCUGUUUGUGCUCUUCUUUAUCGCAUUCAUCACAGUGGCACAAUCUGUUCCCUUCAUUGUUUUGCACGGUAUUGGAGAUAAAUGCAAGAAUCGAGGAAUCCAAAACUUCGUUAAGCUUUUAAGUGACUGGUCCGGUUCUCAAGGAUAUUGCUUAGAAAUCGGAAAUGGAUCAUGGGAUUCUUUUACGAUGCCCCUAUUAAAACAGACAGCUAUUGCCUGUGAGAAGGUGAAGAAGAUGAGUGAUCUAAGUCAGGGUUACAACAUUGUUGGACUUUCUCAGGGAAACUUGGUUGGUAGAGGGAUUAUUGAAUUUUGUGAUGGAGGACCUCCUGUUAAGAAUUUUGUAUCAGUGGGAGGUCCACAUGCUGGAACCGCUUCCAUUCCACUCUGUGGAUCUGAGUUGGUAUGCACCCUUGUUGAUGAUAUAAUCAAAUUUGAGGUCUACAGCAGCCUUGUCCAGGAACAUCUGGCUCCCAGUGGAUAUGUUAAAAUACCAAUAGAUAUUGCUGACUACAUUAAGGGGUGUAGGUUCCUUCCUAAGCUUAAUAAUGAAAUUAUCAAUAAGAGGAAUUCUACCUACAAGCAACGAUUUGCUAGCUUACAGAAUUUGGUACUUAUCAUGUUUGAGCAAGAUACAAUUUUAAUACCAAAAGAAACAUCCUGGUUUGGUUAUUAUCCAGAUGGGGCCUUCCAUCCUGUUUUGCCAGUACAACAGACUAAGCUCUACACUGAAGACUGGAUUGGCUUAAAAACUCUAGAUGAAGCUGGGAAAGUUAAAUACGUUAGCGUGUCAGGAGAUCAUCUUGAUAUCUCUCGUAAUGAAAUGAAAACUUAUAUAGUGCCAUACUUGAAGGACCAGACAUCAAGAGUUACAAGGCCUAAAAUAGAAGAACCUUCUUCUGAUGGUUGGGAAUGGGUCCAAUUCCAGAUGGCUUCAAACCUGAUGCGCUAACAGGCAACAAGGAUGCAUGUAGCGACAUUCCGAAUUACCAAUUGGCAUUCAAAUUUCAACCUUGUCUGUCUGAAACAAGCAUAAAGGUAAAACAUCAUCUGCUCAUAGUUCUUCCCAUCCUUCCUCCCGUAAUCGUUGCCCUCUUACUGCUUGUGUAUCUGAAACUGCAUAAAGUACGUGCUACAAACAACAAACAUGCAAACACAGCAGCAACUAAGAAUGGUGAUUUCUUCUGUAUAUGGAAUUAUGAUGGAAGCAUGGCAUGUGAAGACUUAAUUAGAGCUACAGAGGACUUUGACAUGAAGUAUUGCAUUGGAACUGGAGGGUAUGUGAGUGUUUACAAAGCACAAUUACCUGGUGGCAAGGUUGUUGCCUUGAAAAAACUUCAUGGUUUUGAAGCAGAGGUUCCGGCUUUUGAUGAGAGUUUUAGAAAUGAAGUGAGAGUGUUAUCAGAAAUAAAGCAUCGACAUAUUGUGAAGCUUCAUGGAUUCUGCUUGCACAAAAGAAUCAUGUUUUUGAUCUAUCAGUACAUGGAGAAAGGAAGCUUGUUUUCUGUGCUGUAUGAUGACGUUGAAGCAAUGGAAUUGGAUUGGAGAAAGAGGGUUAACAUUGUUAAAGGCAUUGCAAAUGCUCUUUCAUAUCUUCAUCAUGAUCGUUCCCCUCCAAUAGUACAUAGAGACAUGAGUAGCAGCAAUGUCUUACUGAAUUCGGAGUGGCAGCCCAGUGUUUCUGACUUUGGCACGGCCAGACUCCUCCAACAUGAGUCAUCCUAUCGAACUAUAGUUGCUGGAACCAUUGGGUAUAUAGCUCCAUGUAAAUUAUUCAUAGCUUUCUUACCAUUUUUGUUUCUUUUUAGUUCCAUUUCCUUUUUUCCCUAGGCCCUUGUGUUUACUUGAUUCGAAGCCUAUUAUAUACAUAUAACAGGCAGCUGGACUAAUUUGUAAUGCUGUGUUGGUUUGGUUCUCUGCUUUUUGAGGCCAAACCCAUUUUCCUUAAGCAAGUCACUUACACGGAUUACAAGUCACUUAAAAGGGGGCGAACCGCAACAGUGGUAAAAUUGUUCCUUCAUGACUGAAAGGUCAUGGGUUCGAAUCCAAGAAACAGUCUCUUUGCAAUUAUCCAAGGGUAAGGCUGCGUACAAACAGAGGCGGAUCCAGGUUGUUGAGAAGGGGGGCAAGUGCCCACCCUUAAAUCUGAUCCAAAAAUAGGAAAAUGUCAUUUUCUUAAAAUUUAAGUUUUUCAAUUUAAUUUUUCUACUUCUAUUUUAUUUUUUUUCAGGGAGUAUUUUUUUCUCCUCCACCUUCGUUUGCAUCUACAUAUUAAUUUAUCUCCUCUCAAACCUCAAUUUCCAUUAUUGGAAGUUGGAACAUUUGUUUCUUCUUCCAUCAUCGAUCCAGUUGAGUCGCAAUCUGUUCAGAUCUAGAUCUAAACAAGACACAGUUAGUAAGCAGCUGCUCGCAAGUCGCGUUCAGAUCCAAAUUUAUAUAUACGGAACUUAUUAAGUGCCCACCCUUCAUUAAUUUUCUGGAUCCGCCACUGCGUACAAGGAUUUCCUCCACUCCACACUCGUUAAUUGGGUUUGACGGGGAGUGGUUUUAAGUCACUUACAUGAUUUGAUUAUUCUCAUCGUAAUUUUUUUAGUUGAGGAGAUCUUGUGUUUAUGUUUUCUGCCCAAUUUUGAUUUUUGUUACCGUAUUUGCUAUUAUUAUUAUUCCAGGGGAAGUUUCGUUGUUUAUGAGUUAUUAUCAUGCUGAUGAGUUUAUAGAAAUCAAAGAUUUUUAUUUAAACCAGUCAAAUUUCAACUAUUCUCUUUUCUUUUUCUGUUUGAUCCUUUAACAUGCUUUAUGUUCAUCUGAU